GCUUUAUGGUUUCCACGUGUGUUUUUUUUCCUCCUUCCUCUGUGGUAUCUGGCACCAAUAUAUUGAAAGGAGUACGAUAUAUUCUUUGAACAGAAUCUAGCUGGAAGUUGAACAUGGCCUUUCAUUCUCUAUGGAAGGCAGUCGCUAUGAUGGAGAAACACAGGACUGCUUUUUUGUCCAUUUCUUGUGCUGGAUUGUUUGGUGCCAAUUUGACUUUCCACGUGUUCUCAAAGGAGUUGUUCAAAUCAAUAUAUCAGGCCUGGGACCAUGGAAAGCCAUUGAGGCUUUCGGAAGAUAUGCAGAACCUGUUCUAUAACAUCCUCUGUGAUGUCAAAGUGAAGUCAGCAGAUCGUUACGAUGCCAUUAAGACUUGCACUCUGCACACCGUAAGCGCUGGUCUACCAUGGAGAGCCAAAGGUUGUGUGGUGGGCAUCCCAUAUCAUUUCAGUAAUAGAGCCAGUGGUGAACAGCAGAUUGCCAAGAUAGACGUUCAUCUUAGAGGCAAGAAAGUGAACUGGACAAGCCCAGAGGGACUGGCUUUGAAGGAUGCCUUAACACUUUCUCCAGAGGCUCAGAAGUUUGCCAUUGCAAGAGAGAUCAUUGACUUGCAACAAAAUAGGCCUUUAAUAUGUGCAACUGUUGCCCCCAUUUGUCUGGCUGGGUCCUAUAUUUCUGGAGUAACUGUAAAGCAGGUCUUGGGUUUAUAUUAUGCUCCAGUAGUACUCCGAAGCAUUUAUAACAUGGCAGUUGUGGCACUUGGGUUGAUGGGCUAUUGUCUAUUAUAUGAUACUGUAAGCCAGGCAUUCGAUUAUAGGGCAGACAGAAAGGCAGCCUCCAUUUCUCCCAGCUUUGCUAGAGGUGGGGUAGAAUUCUAUAAUAAAGUUCUGUCACAGAAUAAGGUUUUUAGGACUAUCUUGGGUAAAAAAGGAGAGGAAAUAUAUGGACCAAAUGGUAAUAUUCUCCCAAAGUUCAGAUUAAAGCAUCCAUCGUAUACUUCCAGAAGAAACUUCAUUAGUAAUAUCAUAAACACACCCCAGGCACAGGAAAAACAUGGUUAAAAUUUAAGAUAAUAAAUUAUGGAUAUUUUUUUUGAAGUUGGCAAUGUUAUCUGGUUCCAGCUUUUCCAUGGAUUAAAUUUUAAAAAAUGCAAACCUCACAUCAAAGGUUGUAAAUGUCUCUUUUAUCCAUAUUAACAUCCAAGUGUUGUCUACCAAGUCAUGAGGUUAAAAUAUGGUUUUUCCUUUCUCAACAUAUAUUUUGGAAACAAAAUAUUAUUUUAUCUUUACUUUGUAAAAUAUUUUGAACAGGAAAAUAAGAGAAUAUGAAUAAGUUAUGGUAACCACUUUAAUAUUAAAGGGUGAUAAUAUGUAAGCAGCUAUGUAAGUGCCAAAGUGUUAUCUAGUAGUAUUUGGGGGAAAGCAAAUUUCUAACCUCAGACUGAUCACUAAGCAGAUUUCAGAAAGUUUUGUUUAUUUGUAUUCUACCUUUCUUCUAAAAGUUCAUGGUAACAGAUAUCUCAUUUUCUUCCACAAUCCUGUGAGGUAGGACACACUGAUAGGUAUUGAUUGAUAGUUAAUCAUAACUUUCAAUUCAUGCAGGCAUCCUGUCUUCUUUAAAUCUAAUGCAUCAUCAUCUCCAUGUCAUUUGUUUUCCUGAUCCUUCUCAUAUAAUUUCAGAGUCUUUGGAAAAUCCAUAGAAUAUAUCCCAUAUAAUAAAAUUCCCUUAGAAAAUCUACUAAGCAUGUGCCUGUCCCUUCCUUCCUUUCUUCCUUCAUUAGUUCCUGUUUAAAUUGUGUUGAGUAUCCUGCAAAAUAUAUUUCUGCUAUGUUUAUCUUUUGUAUCUCACAUUGAAGAAUGUGGAGGAUGCUGCUAAAAACCCUGAGAAGCAUUGCAACGUCCACACUCAAGGAUGAAAAGUAUAGUGUGACCCAUUCCUGUGAAUGCAGAUGCUCUAAGCUUUGCAAUACUUUAGUGGAGCUCAAAAGGAUAAUUCUGUUUAAUUCUAUUUCAUAGCUUAAGAAAAGAUUUGUAUGCAGUAGCUUAGACCUUUUGGUGAGAAGCAAGACAAUAUUUAACUGAGGGAAAAAAAUGUCUGCCAUUUAAAUAGUUAUUUUUAUAAAGAAGCAGGAGAUAUUAGCUACAAUCAGAGCAAAAUGCCAUACCAACUUGACGUUCUACUUGCUCACAGAUGACUCAAGGCAGCUUACAGGAAAUAAAAAGACAAUAUAAAAGAAAUAAAAAUAAUAAAAUAAUCUCCACCCCCUUUUUAUAUUAUGUAAGAGUUGCUGACUAUGCCAUACCUGGAGCAUUUCAUGACAGUCACAAAUAAGGAGUAGUUAGGGAAUAACAUUUAAAUAAUAAUUAGGUAUGCAAGGUAUCCUAUGUAGUGUUACUGUGAAAUAACCCAUUUUACUAUCAGUGCAAAACAACGAGGUCUUAAAUGUUUUUUUCCAUAUGCUAAAUAAGAAAAUAAACUUAAUGCUGAUGUGUAAGAAAUUCAAA